AUGAGCGGUGCCCAACCGGUCCAGGAGUUCUUCGACCCGGGACUCGGGUACGCAUCAGACCGUGACACCUCAUUCACCUUGCAGUGGUCCACACAGAACCGUAUAGACUUUCUUCACUACAAGAACUAUGGGGCUACACCAAGCACUUCAGAUGUAGAGUUCCUCGUUUCCUCUGACAGACACUCGGGGAUCAGGUCCUGGAGCUGGAGGCUUUUCCUGGAAGUGUCCCUGCUGCAGGUCGGAGAGAGAGACUCCAACAGCUGCUUCAUCUGUCAGAGCAGGAACAACACCUGCCCAUCACAGCCACAGCGCUCUGCACAUGUGGACAGAUGUUCACACAGGGCAGACACAGCUGAUCUGAGCUUCAUGGAUCAGGCAGGUGUGGCCGUCCCUCCUCCAGACCCCCAGGCCCUCAGGUGUGGGGGUGUGAUGGAGCGGGAGGAGGGAGACAGAUGGGGAUGGGGAGGAAAGGAUUGGGGGUGGGGAAGUACUCCCUGCCUGGACGGCCGCCCCUUCCACAGAGGUCCACCUGACCCCACCACAGAGGAAAAACUACACCCACCCAAAAAUAUACUCAACUCCCAGACUACAGUAACAUUUGGCGCCAGGAUGCACCACCCACAACCUCAGCAACACAUCAGGACCCAAGGCCCCCCAGGCCCAGCCAGAACCCCAGCCCGGAGGUGGAGCACCCCAAGAACCCAGGGGCAGGCUGCCAGGCCGGUAACCAAGGGAACACCACCCAAGAUCCACAAAAUCCAGGUCAGGACCGCAGCCCCCACGCCAAACCGCACAAGAAACCCACCCCAAGGGAACCCACAUACCCCCCCAACACCGACAGCAAUGGCCAGCAGGACUCAAUACAUCCAGGAGUUUUACGAGCUGACGGUGUGUGAGAACCAGACGACGGACCAACCACACACACCUGUACAGAAGUACCGUUACCAAGACGAUGAGACUCCACCUGUUGAUCCCAGCCCCGGUCACAUGACCCAAGGACGCAGCGUUGAGCUGAGCCACGCACACCUGGACGGAUACACACACCCAGCUGCAAUCACAAUGAACGGGUCAGAGGGAGAGCUGGAGUACGAGGAGAUCACACUGGAGAGGGGUAACUCUGGUCUGGGCUUCAGUAUUGCGGGAGGAACCGACAAUCCUCACAUCGGAGACGACCCCUCCAUCUUCAUCACCAAGAUCAUCCCCGGAGGAGCCGCUGCCCAGGACGGACGCCUCAGGGUGAACGACAGCAUCGUAUUCGUCAACGAUGUGGACGUCCGGGAGGUCACUCACUCCAUCGCUGUGGAGGCGCUGAAGGAGGCGGGGCCUGUUGUCAGGCUGUACGUGCUGCGGAGACGCCCACCGAGCGAACGCAUCACACAGAUCAAACUGAUGAAAGGACCCAAAGGUUUGGGCUUCAGUAUAGCGGGCGGCGUGGGGAACCAGCAUGUCCCUGGAGACAACAGCAUCUACGUCACCAAGAUCAUCGAGGGCGGGGCGGCACACCGUGACGGGCGGCUGCAGAUCGGAGACAAAAUCCUGGCGGUCAACCACAUGUCUCUGGAGGACGUCCUGCACGAAGACGCCGUGUCAGCCCUGAAGAAUACAGGAGAGGUGGUCUACCUGAAGGUGGCCACGCCCACCUCGCAGUACAUCCACCCAAUUGAUCGAUACAGCCCCCCCGACCUGACCAGCUGUGUGUGCGUGUGUGUGUGUGUGUGUGUGUGUGCGCAGGUGAACGGGGUGGACCUCAGGUACGCCACACAUGAGCAGGCAGCAGCAGCUCUGAAGAACGCCGGGCAGACUGUUACCAUAGUAGCACAGUACAGACCUGAGGAGUACAGUCGCUUCGAGGCAAAGAUCCACGACCUGAGGGAGCAGAUGAUGAACAGCUCGUCCGGCAGUCUGAGGAACAGCCGCACCUUCUACAUCAGAGUGGAGAGGAAGGAGUGGUCACGGAUGAAGAGUAAAGGUAGAGAAGGCUUCGUUCACAGCUACGAGCUCAUCACUCAGAUUGAAGUGGACUAUGCCCGCCCCAUCAUAAUCCUGGGACCCACCAAAGACCGCGUCAACGACGACCUGCUGUCCGAGUUCCCCGACAAGUUCGGCUCCUGCGUUCCCCAUACGACUCGCCCUCGCAGGGACUACGAGGUGGAUGGGCGGGACUACCACUUUGUGGCGUCACGGGAACAGAUGGAGCGGGACAUCCAGUCGCACCGCUUCAUCGAGGCGGGGCAGUACAACAACCACCUGUACGGGACGUCGGUGCAGAGUGUGCGACAGGUGGCCGAGCAGGGAAAGCACUGCAUCCUAGAUGUGUCGGCCAACGCCGUGAGGAGGCUGCAGGCGGCACAGCUCCACCCCAUCGCUAUCUUCAUCCGACCGCGGUCGCUGGAGAACAUCCUGGACUUGAACAAGCGCCUGUCGGAGGAGCAGGCGAGGAAAGCUCUGGAUCGAGCCAUCAAGCUGGAGCAGGACUUCCUGGAGUGCUUCACAGCCAUCGUGCACGGCGACAGCUUCGAGGAAGUCUACCACCACGUCAAAGUGGUCAUCGAGGAGCAGAGCGGACCCUACAUCUGGGUCCCCGCACGCGACAGGCUCUGAUUGGCCGACUGUCUUCACGGGAACUGCUGUUAACGUCACGCCCAGGCUCCUCCCUCCCUCCAGCGGGUUUUUCUUUUCUUCUCUGGGAGGGUGACGGGCGCACGCACUGAUGGAUCAGGAUGUUUUUAAUCUGAGACGAGGACAGACUCACGGCUGAUUGGUUUAUUAUCAGUACAUAAUGAAUCAGAGCCUGUAGAGCUGGUACUGAAGUAUUUAUAUCAUGCUAUUUAUUUAUUUAUCUAUUUAUUUAUUGGUUUGUGUGAUGUGAAGAUGGUGUGUGUGUGUGUGUGUGUGUGUGAGUGUGCACGUGUUGGUGUGUAGUGUACAUACAGACUUGUGUGACUGUAAAUAAACGAUGGGGCUCAAACACACAGUCUAUUUCAGGGCUUAAAGUAACAAACAACCACUGAACUACAACACCCACAAUCCUCCUCUGCCUGCACCUCUACACCCCCACGCCCUCCCUUUCCACACUUCAUCUGCUACUGUCCUCCUCUGCCUGGACUACAACUCCUCAAAGCACCCUUUGUUUGGACUACAACUCCUCAAACCGCACUGUGUUUGGACUACAACUCCUCAAACCGCACUGUGUUUGGACUACAACUCCUCAAACCGCACUGUGUUUGGACUACAACUCCUCAAACCACCCUUUGUUUGGACUACAACUCCUCAAACCGCAUUGUGUUUGGACUACAACUCCCUGUCUUUCCCCCUGCUUCCACUAAACCACCCACAAUCCUUCUUAGUUUUGACUGCAACAACUUUAUGCUGGACUACAUGACCCACAAUCCUCCUCUGUCUUGACCUAAACGCACAUAAUCCUUCUUGGCUGAACACUGAACUGCCCUCAUAUGGACUACAGUUCCCAUAAUCCCCUCCUGAUGGACAGUUUGGAUUGAAACACUUCCAUUUUUAAGCAAAAACAUCUGGACUGCAGCACCAACACUUCCCAGUUGUGGUGAUGGAUAAACCCACAAACGUCUACAGCACAGAAGGACUACAUUACCCACAAGUCUCAGCUGAUCCAGGCCACACAUGCUGCCUGUGGGUCUGUGCUUGACUACAAUACCCAUGAUUCCCUGCUCAGAUGGCAGGGUAGAGACUGUGAAAUUACCCUGCUGAGGGGAAGGUGGAGCUAAAGCUUGAGGUUGGGGUAGCGUGAGGGGGCGGGGCAUGUGUCCCGCUCACAGGACUCUGUUACCCACAGUGCUUUGGGUGUAGAUGGGUUCCAGCGGGGUUUCCCAGAAUGAAUAUCAGGGUCAUGUGAAUAAUAAUAAUUAUUACAAUGAAAGUAAUCCUACUUAUAGAUGAUGUAAUAUCAUCACACACGUGCACUCAGCGGGGUCACCUGAGGUCACGUUAGUUUGUGAGCACUGACAGAAACACUGAUGUAUCAUUAAAUCUGAGUAUUGAUUAGCCUGUCUCACACUCACACACACACACACUCACACACACACACACACACACACACACACAUUUAUGCACACGCACACACAUUUAUGCACACACACACACACUCACACACACACACACACAGAGUUGAGAUAGUUUGAUGAGCGGCUCAUUGUAUAAUGAAAUGAAUUAGUUAUAAAUGAAACUCUUGAAAUAUUGAAAUAAAUUCCUUAUAAAAGCUGA